AUGCGACGGCGACACAACAUUACCCUAGCGACACUUGCUUGUCUCGGAACCGUAUACCUUGUCGCACAACACCGAUAUGGUUUCUCAUAUGCGCAUGGAGACGGGCACAUUGACGGGAUCGAGAUCCUGCCAUCUGACGGGCACCGUGUCUCCAACCAUGACGAUGCAUCCGCAAUCGGAGAGAAGGGCUUACUAGACGGUAUUCGGCCGUCCAGUUUAGCCAACGCACAUUCCGAUUCUGGCCUUCACCCGGAACCUUCCUUCGCAGGAGCCUCGCCACCGUUUAGUACGGAACACGUACCCGGAACGAAAUACAACUUUCAAGACGAACUCCAACUCGAGCUUCCCACUUCAGUACUCCAAAAGUACCUGGCACAGAAGCCUCGCAACUACAAUCCCAAUGGUCCGAGAGGAUAUGCGUAUGCAACUUUUCUCGCUACUCGCAAUCCUUCCUUGAAGGACCCAUAUUUCCUCGCCAUCCACUCGCUCAUCUACCGACUACUCUGGUCAUCCCGCACACGUAGUAAAAAGUACCCCUUCAUCGUCUUCGUAGCCGAAUAUGUCACAGAAGAGCAACGCGCACUCCUCAAAGGAGCUGGCGCCCUAGUCCGCGAGCUUCCACCUCUUCAUUGGGAGUGCAAUGUCGACGGCGUAGAAGACCGAUGGAAAGACCUCUUCGCCAAGCUCAACAUGUGGAAAGAGACGGAGUUUGAGCGCAUCCUGUUUCUGGACGCUGAUGCUUUUCCGCUGUCGAACAUGGACGAGAUGUUUGAGCUUGCGCCGAUACAGGAAUGCAUACCUGAGAAGCUGCAUCUCGAUGACUUCCUUGAGGACGGCCCGGUAUGCGAACCUUAUAUCUUCGCUGGCGUCGCGCAAGAUCUCGAUGCUAAGCACCCCAACAUCAAUGUCGGUUCAAUGGUCUUCACUCCUUCUUUGCGUAUGCACGCUCGCCUUCUCCAGAACUAUGUCAAGACCGACAAUUACAACUGUUUGAUGGCGGAGCAAGCAUUCCUGAACUGGCAGUUUGGUCCUGAGGGCGCAUAUCCCGGGACGAAGUUGGAAAGACAAUGGGGCGGUUUCUUCCCCACCGAGGGAGAGGGCGAUGGCUCGUUGAAGGUUGUGCAUGAGAAGCUUUGGGUCGCAGAACAUGGGUGGAUGAAGGACGAAUGGGAGAAAGUCUGGAAGGAUAUGAUUGCGUUCUACGAGAGUAAGAAUUUUGCGAAUGCGAGGAAGAGUGAUGGUGUGAUUGCUGAAAGCAAGUGA